GUAUUCUUUGAUACAAUGCCAAAUGCAGGUACAGGAAAUGGGCUAGCAAAAUCACUCUUGGACGCAGCUGGAGAAAUGUAUUCGAUACUGAAUGCUACUUUUGCUGUUAUAAGAGGCCAUAAACGGGCACUGGACGUUACUACUGUAUUGCAAGGAGAAACCAAGUUUUUUAGUAUCUUAAUGCUUACAUGGGGGUUAAUAGCUGAUAUUGAUAUUGAGUCUGAAAAGUACAGAUGGAUGGGAAGAACUCGCCUAGACUUCUAUAGUUUUUUAAGAAUAAUGAAGUUGCGCAAAUACCAUGGUCAUAUUGAGUUUGUUCCUGCUCCUGGAUAUGAACUCUAUGGAGAACCUAUGAAGGAUGGAGCAAUCUGUAUGGGUACUGAUGAUGUAUCUGAGAAAGGACAAAACUGUGUUGCUGAAGUCUUGCAAGGUAGCUACCAGGGCCCUAGUGUUUGUUUUGAAAAGUCAGAUUGGAGGUUUCUGGAAGGCCCCUUUGUAACUAUUUCACUUAUGAAUGUGCCUUGGAUGGGUGAAGAUGCUAUGCCAACACCUGAGGCCAAGUUUUCUGAUGGCUUCCUGGACUUGGUUAUGAUCAAGGACUGCCCAAAAUCUGCUCUUUUAUCAAUAUUGCUUAAGCUUAAAGAUGGAAGCCAUAUUAAAUCACCAUAUGUGAUGUACCUAAAGGUGAAAGCAUUUAAGCUGGUGCCAGGCAACCGUGUGGGGGAUCCCACAAAGGGAGGCAUCGUAGACGUUGAUGGUGAAGUGGUUGCUAGGGGUGAAGGAAUUGACUUGUGUGGUCAAGAAGGAGAUCUAAUGGCGUACGGACCUCCGAUCCAAUUAACAGUCGAUAAGGGUCUAGCGACGGUCUUCUCUCCGAGGUGAUCAAACAUUGUCAAUCUUCACCACGGUCUUCUCUCCGAGGUGAUCAACCAUUGUCAAUCUUCACCAUGUACUUGAUUCUCCCUCCAACUCCUGGCUAUUAAUAUUAUACUGAAUAUGCACAAGUUGGGGGAUGAUCUUGUGUGAAGUAGAAAUAAUCCUCUAAUUUCCAUGCGUUCUUGUUUUUUGUCUCUUCAGGUCUGUUUUAUCUGUUGGCCUGUUUUAUAGCCAUCACUUGAAUUCAGCAAUCCUGUUGCUGGGCUUUCCCACUA